UUAGCCACAAGCCAUAACCAUUUUCCCUAAUUCAAUGUGAAAACAGAUAAAAGUGAGCAGAGACGUCAUGAAAUGCGCACGCACAAUCAGUUAGUGAGAGAUCUCCGCUUCUUUAGCGCAUAAACGCAGCGCAGCAAGAAGCGAGGAGCGCAAUGACGUGUUUGUGGUUCCGCAAAGCCCCUCCUCGGACAAGCCCCUGUGCCGUCACGUCAUUCAAAGUUCACUUCAGUCCAGACCCUCUUUUUCCUAAAGCUCGAAUACACACUCACACGCAUCCGCUGUCACUCACACGGACGCGCGCACACGCCGCGCACAGACGCGUUGGCGUUGAUCGCAGUCUGCCGCGUCCUUUAUGGGACCUGUUGCGUGUUGCUUUGUGGAUUUUUUUGUUGUUGUGAGUAGUUGAGUAAACUGUUACUUUGGUCAUUCCUCGGUUUCUCCUCAGUGGCAUCUCAUGUGACAACUUUUUUUUGGGGGGGGGGGGGGACUUUUCCCGGUUCAACAAUCUCGGAGUUUAUUGGCGAAUUAACUCGUUCAUCAAAUUUCCUAAACCGGCAGAUGGAUUAAAACCAGUGUUUGAUGGGCAACAUGUAUCAUUCUGGGAAGUAACUUCAAAGGAGUUAAAGAGAUAAUCCCAGCGUUGCUGCUCCUCUCCUCGCAGAGGGAAGAUGUACCGGAGCGCGUUUGUGCCGCUGACCCUCCUGGCGCUGACCUUUGCGGUGCCGAUGGGACAGGCCUGUCCCAGGACCUGCAACUGCUACCAGGCCAACGAAGUCCACUGUACGUUUCGCUCCCUACUCGCCAUACCUUCGGGCUUACCUGUACACACACGCCGCAUAAACCUAGGGUUCAACAGCAUCAGCAGGAUCCAUAACAGUUCUCUGGCUGGGCUGAAGAAGGCGGAGCUUCUGAUGCUCCACAGCAAUGACCUCCACCAUCUCCCGAAUGCAGCAUUCAGAGAUAUGAAAUCAUUACAGAUACUAAAGCUGAGUUAUAACAAGCUGAGAGAGAUCGCUUCAUCUCUGACCUUCUCUGGCCUGACCUCACUGCUCCGUCUGUACUUGGAUCACAACCUCCUCCAGCACAUCCACCCCCGGGCGCUGCUCCAGCUGACUAGCCUCAGGCUGCUGCGUCUGCAGGGGAACAGGCUGCAUCAGCUGCACCCUCACGCUCUGUGCACACUGUCCCUACUGAAUACAUAUUACUUCUCUACCCUCAGACACCUGGACCUGUCCAACAACAGCUUAACCACUCUGCCCAGAGAGACCUUAGCGACUGCACCUCUGUUGGAUACUCUUAUGCUGCAGGAUAAUCCAUGGAGUUGUGACUGUAAAAUGAGGUGGUUUCUCACUUGGAGUCAGACUCAUCCAGGCCCCAUGAAAUGUCCUGGCAGCCCGCAGUGUCCAAUCUGUGCCUCGCCCAAUUCCCUCCAAGGCCACGGCUUGCUUGACCAGACUGACCUAUUGUGCACCUCGCCCGUUAUCACCUCCCCGGGAAGAGACACACCUUUGGAGGCAGAACUCGGUGAAAUCCAAUCAAGUGAAUCCCUCAGACAGCCUCUAGGCUCCGCCUCCCUGGGUCUGUCCGACCAACAGGGGAACAGUGUCGAUCUUGGCUGCAACAUCACUCACUCUCCUGAGUUCCAGGAUAUUUCCCCCACUCCAGAUCUGUCUCUUUCCUCCUCUUCUCCUAUCCCGCUUGCCCUGUCACUCACCCUGGAGUGCCUCGUGGAGAAGCAGAGCUACGAAACUCUUUGGAGGAUUCUCGCUUACUACAGCGAGACCGCGGUUCGCCUGGAGAGGGAGAUCAUGCUGAGUAAAGCCCCGGCUUUGGCCUACCGCUACGGGCAGGCAGCAGAGACAGGUGGAUAUUAUUACACUGGAGUAAAAGCUUCUGUUCAAGUCAGACCACAGUGGCUGCUACAGCCAGCCGUCAGCAUUCAGCUGAAUAGAGCGCGGUCUAACGGACACCGAGUGCAGCUUAUAUACUCAACAAGAGUCGCUGCCCGUCCAGACCCUCCUUCUCGUUCGGACUUUGCUUCUCAUCCUUCAACGUCGUCCCCUCCCACUCCCCCAUGGGUGCUUAUUUCAACUAAUCAUACCAUUACGGCCCUGGCAGCAGUAGCGGGGAGUGAAGUGGAACUGUCAUGCCCUCUGUUAAGCUCUGGUAACCCGAAAGUACAGUGGGUUCUCCCGGAUGGAUCCAUGAUCUCCCCCUCCAGGGGCCAAAAUGGUAGGCUGCCGACUUCAAACUAUGGAUUAAUUCUACAAGACGUACAGCUCUCAGAGUCAGGGAUUUACCACUGCAUAGCCAGGGCAGGCAGCGAUGUAGAUGUUCUCCACCUGCGCCUGGCAGUGGAGGAGUCCUCUGUACCGCCUCUAAAUGAGCAAGUGGGACCUCCUGUCACUGGAAAUGUUGGGGAGCCUAUCACCCUGUCUUGCAAGGCAUCUGGCUCGCCAGCACCUCUCAUGAGUUGGGUGUUACCGGAUGGAAACAUAGUAAGGCAGGGAUUAGCUGUAUCAGGUGGGCUCACUAUACAAUCAGAUGGGAGUUUGUCUCUGACCAGCCCGUCUCAGAGGGACGUUGGUAAUUUCCGCUGCAUUGCUGUCAACCAUUGCGGCAGUGACUCUCUGUCCAUGAAGCUGCAGUUAAACUCACGACAUCUCCCUCGACUUAGGGCUUCCUUUCCCACAGGGCCCCAGUCAGCCGCUGGCAGGUCAACCAAGAUACGGGCUCCUUUGUUAGUGGAGGAAGGAUCGGGGAACGAAAAGGAAGAAGAAGAGAUACCUGUUAUUGGCAAUAGCAAGCGUCCAAGACCUCUCCAACCUACCCCACAAAGACGUCAUCCCAUUGGAAAGCCCAGAAGACCUGGACCGAUGAGAGGAGACCCCUUGAGAAGAGGUGGAGUGCCUUCAACAUCCAAUGGCCAGAGAAGAAACCGCUUUGAUAACAGACACAGAGUUACCACGAACAAACAAAGAAUCGACCCUCACAAAUGGGCUGACCUCCUGGCUAAAAUACGACAAAAGACUGUUCAAACUAAUAAUAGCCAGCCCAUCGAAGCUGGAAUUCCCACAGCUGAACCACAAGGACGAGGCGAAGGUGGAAACGGAGAAAGACACGAGGGACAUCGUGAUGCAGAAGGACAUAAAGCUGAAGGAGCAGGGGUGGAAUCAGAAAAUGAAGGGUCAUCUAUUGAUGACACCGAUCUACAAGAGGAAAGAUUACAGCACAUUCAGCUGACUCAAAUAGAAAUGCGAACACACACAGAGGUAAAUGCAGACGAGGAAACAGAUACGGAGAUAAAUAAAGGGAAAGAGGGGUCAACAGAAACAAAACCAGAGACAAAGACAGAGAAACCACCUCCACAGACGGUGACAAUGACAAACCCAGCGACACAGAAAGAACCCAUCACAUCUAAACCCGUUUCACGAACAAAUGAAUUCGCCCCAGGACCAGGUGAAGGUGGUGAGCCAGGUACAAACAGGCCUCAACGCCCCCAACAGGAACUCUCCCCUAAUUUGCAACAAAACCCUCGACCUCAAAGCCGCUGGAAUUCUCGCAGGAGAAUCGGACAGCAAAGACGCAUCCUAAACAGGCCCAGAGGGCGUCUUUUGACCCCAGCACGACCUCUCCCUGAUUCUACAAACCCACGGUCGCAAACUGCGGCACCUGCCACAGAUCAAGUGAAUAUGCAGUUGCCGGCCUCACCAACCACACCUCUGGCUCUUUCUCCAACACGUCCUCCGUCUCCCCCUGUUUCCCUCACUCAUGGUAUCUCCCUUUCCAAAUCUGCCUCCCCCUCAUUGACUCCAUCUUCCUCUGCUGUAACCUCAUUAUCCCCCCCUCACACAAAUAUACAUAUAGACACGGUGAAUCACUCAGCCAAAACCCCAGACACCGCAAGGCCAACUCUCUCUAACGCGCAGACGACAGAACCCACUCACUCGCAUACUGCGAUCACACAGACGCGUGAGCCUCACACACACACAUGGACAAAUACACUUGGCUCCGGGAGACACACAAAAACAAGCACGGCCUUAGACAAACGUGCUGAUGGACCCCCGAGCAAACACAACGAAGAGCCGUGGAUGAAUUUGUCGGGUGGACCAUAUGAAUCCCUCUCUUCCCAUUCUCCCCCGCCCACUUCCUCCCCCGUCAUUUCCUCUACGGCCCACAGUGCGACAAUUAAUGGAAAAAUCCAAACAACCCCUUCUGUUACUCUUGAGAGUGCUCAUCCCGCUAGUUCUGAUAAAAGCAGUACAUCUACUACUACAGCUACUGGUCACACAUUUCCCACUACAGCUAGGAGUACUCUGAAUAGUACCACCAUGCCUACUACAACUGCCAUUAUUAUCCCAACACCUGGCACGACCAGAAGUACUACAGUUACUACUUCCUCUACUACUACUACUACUACCACAACUCCUUUUAUGACAUCUACUAAAACGACUACUUCAUCAACUAGGCCUUCUACUACUGAUUUUUCCACCACUACUACCACCACUACUACCUCUUUGAGUACUAUAAUCUCAAUCAAAGCUGUUCCCACAACUCGUAUCCCGACUACCCCUACAACUAAAACUACUCCUUCUACUAGUAGUUCUAGAUUGGUCAUCUCAACCACAACUACUGCAAAUGCAGCUAAAUCUAGUACAUCACCUACUCCUACAAUGAUGAAAUCCACCAGCAGCACAGCAUCAAGUGACGUGGACGUUGGUACCGGAAGGAGGCCUGUUUCUGGGGGUCCAAACCAAAGUCAACCCGCUGUUGAGUGGAAGAACUCUGCGACCAAUUUUAUUCCUGAUUCGCACAGCAGCAGGCCUCACUGGCUCCCCUCACUUCCUCUCCCUGCCGCCCCUGGAGCCUCAGCAGUGAGAUCCGGACCGAGGAUUGCAGACCCACACAACAGGACGGUGUCGUUCCCAGCAGAGAGCACUGCCAGAAUGGCUUGUGACGCUCAAGGAGAACCGAAGCCCUCCAUCACAUGGACCAGGAUUGCCGCAGGAGCAGCGAUACCAAUCCACUCCAGCGCCCAGCGUUUUGAGGUCUUGCCAAAUGGCACCCUUGUUAUCCAGAAUGUUCAGCUGCAGGACAGGGGAACAUAUAUUUGCAGUGCGCACAGCGUUAUUGGUCGCGACAGAUUGCUAACCACCCUGGAAGUAUGGACCCGGCGCCCUCGGAUGCAGCUGGCCAGCUACAGAGAAGCUACCAUUCAUCAGGGCGGGGAGGUGCAAUUGGAGUGCCGGGCAGAUGGCGUUCCCGGCCCCCUGCUCUCUUGGGUUCUUCCAGAUCGUUCUGUCUUGACCUCCACUGCUCCCCCCACCGGCCGCAUCACUGUGGACAAAAAUGGAACCCUGCACAUCGCAGGAACGUUACCGAGCGACAGAGGUGUCUAUCGCUGCGAGGCCUCAAACUCGGCAGGCGCCGUCAGUGCCUCUGCUCGUGUGCAUGUGUCCUCGUUGCCCCCGGUGAUACAGCAACCCAGAGAGGAACACCUGCUCUUGAAUCCAGGGUGGCCUGUUUAUGCUCACUGCUCUGCCCGAGGUGCCCCACCACCAACCCUCCGUUGGCGAAUCCCAGAUGGGACUCUAGUUCGCCCAUCCCAGUUCCUCCAUGGGAACCUUUUUGUGUUGCCCAACGGGACACUGCAUAUUCGAGGUGUUGGGCCAAAGGAAUCAGGGAAUUACGAGUGCAUAGCAAGUAAUGCCGUUGGGGCCGACAAGAGAACAGUGAGGGUAAAAAUUCAAGGGAUAGCAGAAGGAGAAAAGAGAAACACAGGAGCAAAAGGUGAAGGAGUGAAAGCAGUUGCUGCUGAAAACCAAUCUCCUAUAACUUCACUCCAUAAAGAAAGACCUUUGUCCAGACCUUUACCCAGCAACCCAUCAAAUCCAGUCAUCUCCACUAGACUCUCCCCUGCAUCUCCCCUUGCAAGACACAGCGCCAUGCUGCUCACCCCCGGUUCAUCUCGCUCAUCUUCUAACCCUCACCGACCCAAUUCCACAAACUCAUCUCCUAAAAUGAAUAAAACAGUCACUGGCUCCCCCACACACUUGAACAAAAGCAACCAAAAUCAACCAUCCUCUCUCUCCACACCCUCCGGAGUGCCUACGAAUACAACAAAAGUGCCAAGACGUAUUUCCUCUUCCUCCUCUGACAAAAUCCGAGCUGCUUUGCAUCCCUCUCCUGUCUCCCCCUUCAGUAAGGCCCAUAUUGUCUCAACCUCACCGUCCAUUACCACAGUCCACUACGGUUUUCUUUUACAGCUUCACUGCUCUGUAACUGGCAACCCGUCACCCAUUAUCAUUUGGAGGACCCCCAACAGAAAACUGGUGGACAUGCACUUCAGUUUCGACCGACGUCUGAAAGUGCACACUAAUGGCACCUUGUCAGUGCAGCGAGUAACAGAGAAGGACGCUGGAGACUACCUCUGUAUCGCGCGGAACAAGGUCUCGGAUGAUUAUCGCCUCCUGCGUGUCUCUGUGGCUACCAAGCCUGCCAAGAUCGAGCCUAAACAGCCUCCCACUCAGAUGGUGUCUUUGGGCCAGCCGCUGAAGGUGGACUGCCAGGCAUCAGGACUGCCUGACCCAGCGGUCCAAUGGAGUCUACCAGAUGGAACCAUGGUGAACAGCGUGUUGCAGAGGGAAGACAGAGGCGGGCAAGCACAGAUGUUAACUGUGUUUGACAAUGGGACGUUACUGGUUCCAACAGUCGGUAUGGGAGAGGAGGGGGACUACACGUGUUAUGCUGAGAAUCAAGGAGGUCAAGACACCAUGAAGGUCAAAGUCAAGGUCAUGAUUAGAUCCCCACCGAACUUCAGUGAUGACGGAAACUACCACGUCAUCAAAGUACGUCUCGGGGCAACCGCCACAAUUCGCUGCCAGGCCACAGGAGUUCCUGCCCCGACAGUGACCUGGUUUUCCCCAACGGGCCGUGUCAUCCCACGAAGUUUGGAACCUGGUUUUUACACUGAGCGGGUUGUGGCCACUUCAGACGGAACUCUGGAGGUUCGUCUGGCUCAAAAGAUCGACAAGGGAAACUACACAUGUCGAGCGAGCAGCUCAGCCGGAGAGAAGAGUAUGGUGGUGGGUUUGGAGAUGGAGGCUCCUGACCAUGGAGUGAGUGGUCGGGUCGGAGGAACAGGUUGGAGCCACGACAACGGGCCCGGCAGUGGUCCUCACAGUAGAUCAGGGGACAGCCUUAAUAAUGCAAACAGGGACACAAGCAAGCUUAGCGGCAGUAACGGCAGCAACAGUGAUCACAAUAGCAGAAUGAGAAACAUUGUUCCAAACCCUGGCACUAGUUCAGCGACCAGCGGCUUCAAUCCGGCGCUUACGAGUGAUUGGCGAGCUGGAGUGAACGGGGCAGUCGGUGGAAUCACAACAGGCCUUGGCGUGGCUGGGAAUAUAGAAAACAAACCAAUUUACCUCAGAAUGAAUCAAAAUGGAUCCAGCAUCAUGAAUAAUAGAAGUAUUGUGGGUAACAGUCGCAGCACAGUUAGGGGAGAUAGUUUAGAAAGGAAUCCUGCGACUUAUAAUAAUGAAGUAUAUUCAGAAAAGGCUGGUGAUGACACGAGUGGAAACAAUGGCAGGAUAAGUGGUACUUCUCGAAAUGUCAGAGUUUUUGCUACAAGUGUGUCUAAUAAUGGAGUUGGCAGUGGCGCACUCAGAGGAAAUGCUUUGAGUAGGAGUAGCAGCAGUAGUACUCCCAGUAAAAACUCUACUAAUGUAGUUUUGGGUGUGCUAACGUCAGCGAAGCAGCGAGCGGUGAAAGGCCAAAUUGUUCUUCUACCGUGCCCCUCCCAAGGCUCCCCUCCCCCUCGCCUGGCCUGGCUUCUGCCUGGUAACCGUGUGUUGCCAGCUCCUCACUACGGCAACCGCCUCAUUGUGCACAGAAACGGCUCCUUGGAGCUGCGAGGAGUGCGGGCGAGUGAUGGAGGGACCUUUGCAUGUGUGGUUAGUGGUGAGAGAGAACAGAUACGUAUACAGGUGGAGCUGGAGGUCUCUGACCCACAGGACGAGGCCACAUCUCCGCACGGGGGAGCGGCCGUGGAGAGACCUGUGCAGGAGAGUCGUUUAGUAGACGUGCCUCGCUCAGGAGCCUCGUUGCUUUCAGCUCAAUCUUUAAACUCAACGCUCCAUUCAAGAAUUUCAGUUACUCGAGAGCCUCCACUUAGAGCCCAAUCUAGACCCGAUUUCCCGCCUCCAGUUGGACCUCCACCCCGCACAACCAGCCCCGUCUCAAAGCCGGCAUUGAGCACCAGAACAGCUCCCUUGGUGAGCAUCGUUAACGGAGAGACACUUCGCCUGCCCUGCUAUGCUUCUAACAGUCUUGGAGGCCACGCGGGCACCUUCUCAUGGAUCACGCCAACUGGCAAGGUGCUGUCUCUGGGGCAGAGUGGCGACAAAUACUUGGUCCAAGAAGACGGAACACUAACGGUGCAACAGGCCUCCGUGUUCGACCGCGGCACGUACACCUGCAGAUCCACCAGCGUCGACGCCUCCUCAGUUUCAGUCACCACGGUUCCCGUCAUCGUCAUCGCCUACCCGCCACGCAUCACAGCAGGCCCCUCCCCCGUGACCUACACGCGGCCCGGAGUCGCUGUGGAGCUGCGGUGCCAGACGAUCGCAACACCGCGGGCAACGAUCACUUGGGAAACACCAGAGCUGACUCAACUGAGGGUGACGGGUCAGGCUCGUAUCCAUGGCAACCGCUAUCUCAGUCCUCAAGGUUCCAUGGUGAUAAACAACCCAACAAGAAGGGAUACAGGAUUUUACAGAUGCACUGCCAAAAAUGUACUAGGUGUGGACACCCAGGCAACCUAUCUGCAUGUUAUAUAACAAACACACGCACACACAAUGCAGCAAAGAAGACAGAGACACAACCAGUCUUCCGUACUGGUGAUGAACUCUUAUGCUGUUUACACUGUGUCCGUCCCACAUGCCCCCACAAACUGCAAGGCUCCGUGAAGGAGUCGCUGUUAAAUCUCAGAAAAGAUGCUACUUAUAAACUGGUAUACGUCUCAUGUAUGUGUUUUUAAUGUAUGGCUUUGUUUUCAAAAUUGUAUAGUUUUAUAUCAAGAAAUGGAAGAUCCUCUGCAGUCUGCAUGUGUGUCUGCACAAACAAAUAACGUUUUAGAUUGGUCGUUUCAUGUCGCUGGAGGUACGUUUUUAUGUUGUGCUUUGUUUAUCUAAACGCAGGUAUUGCCGAAGCAAAGAAAAAAAACGUUUUGGUGAUGCUGAAAGACCAACAUGCUUUACUCAUUAACUUUAAUUGCUUUAAUUCAUUAACACAGUCAUCCACUAGAACGGUUUCAGACAGACUGAACACACAGGAGGUUGUUUGCACCUUCACAAAUGUCUACAGGUCAUUUAACGCUGUGUUAUCAUUGUGUUGUUUUAAAAUGUCUUCCUCCACCAAAAUACAGAUUGGAUUAAAAGUUGCAGCCUAAUAUUUACUGUAUUAAAUAUUAAAACAAUUGUAGGGCCUUUUUGAACAUACUUCUUCGCGUGAGUUAUUUGUGUGUUUCUAACUGAAAAAUAUUUUUCUUCAAGAAUCAAGUGUAUCUGACAUUCUCAGAGCAUUUGUGUGGCAUAAUAGGAUUACAACGGAUUUAUUUUCACAGUCGGUUCUUUGAAGAAGGAUCGUUGUGAUUAUUUAGAUAUUAAAGAUUGUAUAAAUAUAUGUGUAAGGCUGGCCAUAAGCAUGUGCACAUAGACAGCAGCGCAUAGUUAGCAUGUUUCUUCUUUUCUUUUCCAAUUUUUCAUGUCGUCAUUAAAUUAUUUGUCAUGCAAAUAUUCUGUUGUUAAACACCAAUCUUUUUUUUAAUGUUAUUAACUGUUUUUAACGUCUCAUUAGUUACAAUACCCCUGUGCUGUAUUUUGAACAGCUUCACAUUUUAAAAUAAAAAACUUGGAUCAAAUA